UUUAUGCGUGCAUAAAUUUUCCUUUUCCUUUUCCUUUUCUUUUUGCAUGAAAUCUCUUGCUUCCUCUUCCUCCUCUGUUUCAGACCAAAUUGUGGGUGUUCUUCAUCAUCAUGUUUCCAGAAUUUUUCUCCAUGUUUCUCAGGAAACAAACAGCUCCAAUUCCUUGUUCUUUUGACAGAGACAGAAGCUCCAAAAAUAAAAAGCCCCUUCUCAACCCUUAUCUCACUUACAAUUCUUUUCUUGUUCUUUCCCUUCUUCUUUGGUUUCUCCUGCUCUACAUUUGUUUCCCGACCACGAUACACACGAAACCCAAUGAUUUUCAUCGACAAACUCGAAAUUCCCCCAAUCGGACACCACAUUUGCGCCCCACUUGCUCCGGCGGCCCAUAUGUCUACGUCUACGACUUGCCGGCCGAGUUCAACACGGCCCUUCUCCAAGACUGCCACCGUCUCAGCGUCUAUACCGACAUGUGUCCCCAUGUCGAAAAUCGCGGCCUUGGCCGCCGACUUUCCUCCUCUGACAAUAGUUGGUUCGCCACCCAUCAGUUCAUAGCGGAGAUGAUCUUCCACGCGCGUAUGGAGAAUCACCCGUGUCGCACACGCGAUCCCCAUGUUGCUAAAUUGUUCUACGUCCCAUUCUAUGGUGGGCUCCACGCCUCUAGCAAGUUUCGCGAACCGAAUAUCACGGAGCGGGAUGCGCUUGCCGUUAGAUUAGUUGACUAUGUUCAAGCGCAGCCCACGUGGUGGAAGAAUAACGGACGGGAUCAUUUCCUUGCACUCGGUAGAACAGCUUGGGAUUUCAUGAGGAGUAAUGCAAAUGGGCCGGAUUUCGGGGCGAAUUGUUUGUUGAAUCUUAACGCUGUUCAAAACAUGUCGGUGCUGACCGUGGAGCGAAAUCCAUGGGCCGGGUCGAACCAAUUCGGUAUCCCUUACGCUUCUUAUUUCCACCCGUACACGUCGGCAGAGAUGGUGACGUGGCAGAAUAAAAUGACGCAAUCGAACCGACCCCAUCUCUUUACAUUCAUCGGGGCCCCACGUAAGGGGUUAGAGAAAGCCGCCAUACGGGACGACAUCAUUAGACAAUGCGACAUGUCGUCCAAAUGUAGACUCAUUAAUUGCCGGGGGGAGCAGGCCGACCUGUGUUACGACCCAGCCCAGGUCUUGAAAAUAAUGAGCCAAUCGGAAUUCUGCCUGCAGGCACCGGGGGACUCGUUCACUCGGCGGUCGACGUUCGAUUCUAUAUUGGCGGGCUGCAUUCCGGUGUUCUUCUCGCCGCACACUGCGUACACGCAGUAUUUAUGGUAUCUGCCGGCGACGGCGACGGAUUAUUCUGUGCAUAUUGAUGAAAAAGGGGAUGGGAGGAUGAGAAUUGAAGAAGAGCUUUUGAAGAUACCCAGAGAAAAAGUGAAGAAAAUGAGGGAAAGGGUCGUGAAAUUGAUCCCGAAUGUGACGUAUAAGCAUCCAAAUGCCACUGAUUUUGAGCUCAUGGAUGCUGUUGAUGUUGCGCUUGCCGCACUGUCCAAGCGCAUGGCGCGCGGCGCCGACAUGUCUUUAUAGAAUAUGAAUAUGGUCUUGUUUUUACACUUAAUUUGGAAUUUCCAUAAAACCAAUUCAAAGAGCCAUUAUGAAUGAAAAGUUGGAAUUUGCAGUUCAAAAAUAAAGAACACUGUGAAUUGUGUAUGUACAAAAAUAAAUAACACGUGAUUCAUAAUAA